CCGGGAAAACCAGACUUUCCAGGACCGCCUUUGAUGUUGUGUGAUCCUGAAACUUUUACCGGAAAAGUAAGAUUACAUCCUUCUAUAUUCAGCGAUUGAAAUAUUUGUCUUUUUCGUUCUUAUUGGACUCGGAACUAAUGGUGAAGACAGCAUUUUACGAACGGGUUUGGAAUCUUCGUAAAAAUAAUGAGAGUCUUGUAAAUUUCUAUCGGAUGUUUACGUUUAACGCCUAUUAAAACCGAAACUCUUCAUUACUAGCAAAGGUAUAAAUUUAUUUCUGCAUCUUUUAACUUAUAAUUCAUAUUCUUCAAUUACUGUUGCUAAAUUUUGAAACACAUUUGACAAUAACAUUUUUCUCUAGAAUUAGAUAAUACUAAAAAUAGAACUGAAGCGAAAUUUGCUGUUUUGUAGUGUGUGUAAAAGUUGCGUCGAACUAUGAUAAUACUAUUUGCAGAAGAAAUGCAUAUAUUGCUGCAAUUACUUCCACAGCACUAAAAAAUAUUUCUAGAAAUAUUUGUCAGCAAGCUUUAUAGCUUAUUUUACUUGCUAAAUUGUAAAGUGAUUCGCUGAUUACUAUAAACACCGACAUAUUAAGUUAUACUGAUAAAUGAAUUACCGAUGUAAAAGCUUAUUAAUUCUUUUAUAAUUCAUAGUGAGUGAUAUUGAGUCGUCAUCUAUGAAUAUUGAUUGAUAUUGAGUCCUCACCUGUAUUGAUUGACAUUGCUUUUUCAGCUAUUUGCAUUGAUAUUGAUUCUGCAGCUCUUUUGAUUAUAAUAAGCCGUACAUUUAUGCAAACUCUUGAUAUCUUAAGCCAUAGAAUUCAUUUAUCAUUUUAUGCGUUGAGUUUAGAAUACUCAGUUACCAAGAAUUGAAAAGUUUAUUCAGGAAUUCGACGAAUAUGCUGUCCAUUAAUGAUCAUCUUGUGAAAUACAUAUCUUUGGCUCAGUGAUACAAGAACAAUAGGUAUAUUUGCAACUACGAACAUGGACCCAGAAGACGAUGAAUAUCCACUGAAUUUGGAUAGUCCAAAGCGGCAUUCCGAUCCAGCUCCUUGCACCAGCUCCAACGACUCCCGCCCUUCCUCUACAUCAGCAUUCGCCUUCAGUGUACCGGACUUGAGAAGCUACUCCCAGGGUACUUUGCGAGGGUCAUCUGCAUCUCCAGCCAGAAGUCCACUACCAGAUGGAACACCAAGGUCGGGAACACCGAGUCCAGCUCGACCCUCCCUGGGAGCAACUCGACGUGGUAGGCAUCACCUUAAGCACAGGCGGUACAGUCAAGGGUACCCAAGCCCUCCUCUUACCAGCUCCUACUUCACUACUGCUGGAAGAAGAGCAACCCAUCCUCAUAUGUCACCAGGACGCUUUCGAAGAACCUCUUUAUGGGUUGAAGAGGACCCUUGGGCUACUUACAGAGCUCGUUCUGGUAGUAUACCAGUACCUAAUGGCGAUGACAAGCCUUUCGCAGCAGAUGAAGGAUGCUAUAGACUUAGAAGUUUUAGUGUCACAUCGAAAGGCAUUGUCAAUCUUGGAGAUAUGGUGCGAGCUAGGUCGCCAAGCGUCACAUCGGAAGAUUCUAGUUCAGGUGUCGAACAUGAUUUUCGGGAGAGGCUUUCGUCUGUUGAAUCGACUAUUUCUGUGCUGACUCCUCCAACAAGGUAUAAGGUGCUGCUUCUUGGUGCAGAAGAAGUCGGGAAGUCUUCUCUGUUGGCGCAGUUUACAACGUCUGAAUGUUUGACCACCGUGGCAACUGACAUGCAGGAGUCGUUAGAUGGUAGUCAAGAAAGAACAGUGUCUUUGUUAGUUGAUGGCGAAGAAACAGAAUUGUCAUGCGAAGAUCCGCACGAUUCUACAUUUGAAGUAGAAGAUUCCACUUUUGCUUCAACCGAUGCUUUUCUGUUGGUUUAUUCCGUUACAAAUAGAAAGACUCUCUCAUUUGCAUUUCAAACUCUUGAAAAACUCCGAAGAAAAGAAGCCAAAUGCCAAUACAUCUACCCAAAUUUAGGACCUAAAGUCUAUAUUUUAGUAGCCAAUAAGGUCGAUUUGGUACGAAGUAGAGUCAUCCCCUCAGGAGAAGGAAGAUCAUUUGCUGACAGAUACGACAUCAAAUACAUCGAGACUUCUGUAGGUUUUAAUCACAAUGUUGACGAAUUACUUGUAGGCAUUGUUACUCAAAUUCGACUGAAAAAACAGCAGCACCAGAAUUCCCGAACGUCGGUGAAGAACUUUAUUGCCAAAUCAAUGAAAUUCACAAACAAGGCCAAAGGUUUCAUGGACAAACUGUUACAAAAGUGCGACCUCAAAACAAGAUCUUGCGAUAAUUUAAAUGUCUUGUAAAUGUUUAAAUGUGCUUCACACUGAUCGCCAUUAGUGGUGCAUGUUAAAUUGAUUGGUUCAAUGUUUGUUAGUUGCAAAUCUGCUCGUAAAGUUAUUAUAUUCUAAUAGCUGUUCUUCUGUCAUCUGAAGAAUCGAUUUCGAUGUAAAUUUGGCAUUUUUUCACAGAGCAAAGUCAUUACAAAAUUGUUUGCUAGUCAUAUACUGGGUCAUUCCAUAAUCUCUAUGCAUUUGUUAGUUACAUCAAUGCAAAGUGUUAGAGAAACCAGAAACUACAUGCAUGUAGCAAAUUUAUAAGCCAAUUUAAGAGGUUACAUUAUUUUAUCGGUCCUACAGUGGACUGAUCAUAAAGACGCGGUUCCUAAUAAAUCUCCUAUGUCAAGCAGCACUAGUUGUGGGUGGGACAAUUUUGAUCAAAUUGCGAAGCGACAGAGGUCCUCGUAAAACUGUUCUGCAGUGAAGUGCUUGAUUUCGCGCCCAGGUAGCGAAAUCUGCAGUACAACGGAAGAGGAAGAUACCGACAUCCAAGGCUGAAUAAAGAUUUUGUGGAUCCAAGGAAUAAAUUCCUUGUAAGCCUCUUCCUCAAGGCACAACAAG